AUGUUCCACUGGGGUCUUAUGAAAUUGAACCCACUAAGAACUAUAAUUCUCACAUACCUCUUGCUGCGUCGGACCCGUCGUCGCUUACUCGACACGAACUUUACCGGUAUAAUCAGGUUGUUCUUAAAUGUCUAUUUUUAUGAGUUACUUGAUCGUGAUCGUUUUGCUGUUAAUCCGUCCAAUGUGCUCCCUUAUGCGAUAUAUACAGUUGAAUUUGCUUCUUCUUCGAAAAACUUAUCGAAAAAAGUACCAAUAACUGUUUGGAAAGGAACUUUAGUAAUAGGUGAUAGAAGUUAUGGUAAUCUGCAGAUGGUUUCACCCGUUGGUGUUUCUGUGAAACCAUUUUUACUGCAGUCACAUAUGAAAAUUGAUCACCUCAUCGAUUGGGCGGCGUGUAUAAAGUCACCGUUGAUGGUCGAAAUGCUCGCAGCGCCACUAGUGGGUGAGCUAGCAAUCAAAAAGGAACUUGUUCUUCGGAGGCAUCAACGAUUUGUGACUUAUUACACGUUAGAAGCAGAAGAAACAAGUAGUGGAUUUAGCGAAUUCUUCGAGUUUAUGCGUGUACAAUCACUUGCUGCAUUUGCUGAUCUAGAUGAUAUGUCAUCGCUGGUCUUAAUACCAAAUGGUUUUUUAAGUUCUCUGUUGGCUCUCCCGUUCAAAGCAAGCCCGGUUUUCCACUGCCUCUACAUCUCAUCUAUGUCAUUAUUGCAUGGACAUUUCGUUCCUCUUUCGAACAGCGAGAUUAACGAGUUUGACAGCGACCCGCUGCUAGGAGAAAAAGUUGAUGGAAUUGAUGUGGUGAUACAUAGAAUUGCCCGAGAAGUUUUUCCAUCUCAGUGGUUAAAAAAGGGUUCCACAGGUGAUGAUGACGACUCUCCGCUUGCAAAUGAGCAUCCGCAAGUAGUUAGGCGUGAUACGACUCCAGAGCCUCAGUCGCCUGUUGAUAUGGAAAUUGAUCAGCCCGUGCAGGAUGAAAAAGAAUCUAUAAAAGCAAUUUUAUUUAAUAAACCCGGAAGUCUUGCUUCUGAAAAGGAAAGCUCCACUAAGCCGAGGACUGUUGAAACGAUUCCAAAGUGUAACAUUCAUGUAUCUCAACCUGUUUUGGAUCCGCGACGUAAACGACGUUUGCAGGUGCACAAGGAUCUUCCCCUUCCAAAAUUGAGUGAUACUCCCCCCGAAGAAAAUAAAGUGGCUAAGAGAGACGGUACAUUUGUUAAUAUAAAGCGGGAGGAUGAGGCCAAUAAUUGGUCUGUUGAUAAUAAGAAGUUGGAUGGAGGUGAUGUACCUAUGAUUGUCAGAUGUCAUACUUACGAUGAGUCGUUAGAAACUAAGAAGAAGGUGAUUUAUUUCAUUCUUUAUUUUGCAGCACUUGUUAUUACUGUAAUUACUAAAUUUGAUAUUAUCCUAUGUCUUUCUCCUCCAAAAAAUCCACGCGAAGCUCCUGUUGCUUUAUUACUUUCAGAAGAAGUGCGGAAGGACUCUAAUAUUUUUGUUGGGGAUGAUGCAAAUCUAAACAAAUCUUCAGCUGAUGUGGAGAAUAGCGUUAUUAACUCCGCUGAGAAUACGGAGUCUCCAGCCAGUCCUCCACCAGAGGAGACUGUUUACGUCGCACCGGCUUCAAAAAUCAUACCUGUCUCAGAUGGACAAAGCCGUUUUGAUAUGAGACUUGAGGGUUCAUCAAAGAUUUAUCGAGCCCCUCAGAUCUCAUUGUUUCCUCAGUCAGUGAAGAACUUCCAAUUGUCUGAUGCGGGUGUAAAAACUCUGCAGCAGUUGAGCGGACUAACAUCAGAGAUCGGCCUUGGAAAGAACGAAAGUGUCGAAUUAAGUGAUAAGGGGCUGAAAUCUGACAGCUCCGAUUCUGCUGAACAGGAGCAGUUACUUUCUACUUCUGCUGUGUCAAAUGUGGCAGCAUGCUUACAGGGGAUCCCUGCUUCAAAUCGCAUCAUUGAUACAAAGAAAAUAGAUGAAGAUUUAAUACGUGCUAGUAGCAAUGACGUUGACUUACGCUUUAUCACUUCAAGUUCUUUUCCUAGGCCUGCCGGAAUGCCUCCUUGUGCGCAGUCGUUCACGCGGACUGCCGCGAAUGAUACCGAUCAAAAACCUAUGGAACUACCGACACCUUUUGACGGUGCUACUGAGGAUAAAGAUGAACGCCUCAUGAUUAAAGUGAGGCCACAAGAAAAGCCGAAUGGUAUUGGUUCAUCCGGGAAUACUCCUUUUGUACGUCCGUCAACGUCUAAAGUUAAUGAAUCGGAUUUGGAUGAGGCAUCCUCAUCUAGCAAAGUUCCUUGUAAUUACUCGUAUCCACCUCCAACUAAUCAUCGAAAGUGUAGUGUGCCCAUUGCUGACGUAACUCGACCUCCUCCAUCAAUAAAAAGUAAUGCUGGUUUUACCAGUGAUUCUGCAGCUCCUCUACCUCCAAAAAAUGGAGGCAUGGGACGCUCACUAGGAAAUAAGGUGACCAGUAUGCAACAAGCGCAACCGUCAAGUGGCCAGAAACCUCUGAUUUCUCAGACCCCCAAUCAGACCUUUGGCUUUUUUAAUCCUCCAUUACCGAAACCAAGGUUACCCUUACCAUUUCCAAACCAGGCUGUCCGAGGGAAGCACUUUUUUCCGAGAGCAUCUUAUCCUCCAAACUCAUUUCGUCCAAGGCUGCAGGGACGUUCGGCACGCCCGUGGCAUACGAUUCCACCACCCAAUAUGCAGGCAAAAGAUCCCUCUGGACAUGGAUGA